GUAAACUAAGGUUGGGAAAAGAAAGUGAGCUCCUGCUGUGUUACGCUCCCGUCCUUGCUAGACCCAAUUCCUAUCGCACGAGGGUCGUCGCCUUUGUUCUUCUUCGAUAUUAAUAUUUAAUUCAUCCGAUUUCGUGUCCGAUUGACCCCUUUACAACAAUGGCCUCCACUACCGAGACGGCUUCCCCUAUUGGCAUUGCCAACCUGCCCAACCAGCGACACAAGAUCGUCGCUAAACGGGGCGCGGCCUUCACUGUUAUGGUUGCUGGAGAGUCGGGUCUGGGAAAAACCACGUUUAUCAACACUCUGUUUUCGACCACCAUCAAGAACUACGCCGACCACAAGCGCCGUCACCAAAAGCAGGUCGACCGUACCGUCGAAAUUGAGAUCACCAAGGCUGAGCUGGAGGAGAAGUUCUUCAAAGUCCGUCUGACCGUCAUUGAUACCCCCGGAUUCGGAGACUAUGUCAACAACCGCGAUUCGUGGCAACCCAUCAUCGAAUUCCUUGACGAUCAGCAUGAGUCCUAUAUGCUGCAGGAGCAGCAGCCCCGCCGCUCGGACAAGAUCGAUAUGCGAGUCCACGCCUGCCUGUACUUCAUUCGCCCCACCGGUCACACCCUGAAGCCGCUGGACAUCGAGGUCAUGAAGCGCCUGAGCUCUCGCGUCAACCUCAUCCCCGUCAUCGCCAAGGCCGAUACGCUCAGCCCCGCUGAUCUAAUCCGCUACAAGCAAAGGGUCCAAGCCGUCAUCGAAGCCCAGGGCAUCAAGAUCUACACCCCUCCGAUCGAAGAGGACGACGAGCACGCCGCCACCCACGCCCGCAGCCUCAUGGCCGCCAUGCCGUUCGCCGUGAUCGGAUCCGAGAAGGAUGUGAAGACCCAGGACAACCGCGUCGUCAAGGGCCGUCAAUAUGCCUGGGGUGUUGCGGAGGUGGAGAACGAGGACCACUGCGAUUUCAAGAAGCUGCGCUCGAUCCUGGUCCGUACCCACAUGCUGGACCUGAUCCACACCACCGAGGAGCAGCACUACGAGGCCUACCGCGCACAGCAGAUGGAGACGAGGAAAUUCGGCGAGGCGCGCCCCCGGAAGUUGGACAACCCCAAGUUCAAGGAAGAGGAGGAGACUCUGCGCAAGCGAUUCACCGAGCAGGUCAAGGUCGAGGAGCAGCGCUUCCGACAGUGGGAGCAGAAGCUCAUUUCCGAGCGGGACCGCCUCAACAAGGAUCUGGAGGCCACUCAUGCUGCGAUCAAAUCGAUCGAGCAGGAGAUCGAGGGCCUGCAGGGCUCGUCGACCCGCAGCCAUGGACGCCGUUAAAUCUCACGUUGCCCUCUAGGGUUCGUGCGAACUGGUGGAAAAAGCAGCAUUGUACCUUCGCGAUUAGUAUUGCCUACUUGACUACCCCUUGACUUCUUUUGUGGUUAUUUUUCUUUUCCUUUUUUUCUUUUUUUUUGGUUUUUUUUUCGGCUUCUUGCGACUCGGAUAAGGUCACCCACUACACGGUGUGGGGGACUUGAUUGAUUUGAAGUACCUGAUGGUGACUAGCGCUGGUUUGUCUUCUUGAUAAUAACCGACUGUAUUCCGUAGCAUAUCAAUACAGAUUUAAU